UGCUGCGGUCACACUGUUGUUUACCUCGACGCAUGCCGAAUAAAUAUAAAAGUGAAAUUACGUGAUAAUUGUGCUAGAAAGGUGACUAAAAUCGGUCCCACGAUGGAAGCCAUGCACGUUGUGGCGCCUCAGACACGCCCCCGUCUAAUGGCGGAGCCGCUGCACAUCCAGCGGUUGGAGGCGGCCCUCAACAUGCGACCCUUCAUGGACAUGGCCAAAAGAGCCCUGCGGAAACCGCUGAGUAGCAACGAGGAAAGUGACGAGGAGCAGGUGGUCAGGAGGGAUCAGGAAGCACUGGACUCGGAUGACUCCUCCACCGUAGGCGUCGUCAGGAUGAGGCAAUCCAACAAGCGGAAGCAUCGUCUACUCGGCAGCAAGGAGGAGCGACAAAGUGUUAAGGCGCAACUAUACAACUUCAACGAUCUAACCAGCGAUCGGGAGUGGCUCUACGAUCUCCUCUUAAGCGAUACGGAAAGCGACGACCCCACCAUCACUGAGGAUGAGUAUGUGAAUCAGCUGCUAAAGGAGCAUAUCCGGGAGCAGCGCCAGCGGAAGAACUACUACAAAAAGGCCACAAAUGCCCAAUAUGCAUACUAUAGCAGCGGCUUGCUUUCCAACCACGACAUUUUCGCUGAGCGCCAACAGGCCACCGCAGGCGUGCGUAAGCGGCGUCGUCGCACUAAACAAGAAAUCCUUAUGGCCCGUUUGGCCGAAGCUCAAUCUGGACCAAAACCACCCAAACAGCGAAGAAGGGGUCGCAAGAAGAGAGAUAUCAUGGGAUCACCGGAAUCUGGGGAAGUACAUCCGUCGGAGCUUGGCAAAUACUCGUUUGGCGACACACUUCCCACAAACGAUGACGACGACGAGGAUGGUGGCGAGGUAGACUACAAAAGAGAACUGGCCAGCUUGGCUCUGGAUUAUCCGGAGGAAGAAGAGAUAGAGGAGGAGGUGGAUGUGGUGGGUGGCGUCGAGGGUCAAGUGACUAAAGUUCGACGAAAACGAAAGAACCCAGCUGCCCUGGCCGCUCGCCGACGUCGCAUCUGGCAGAUUAUGUCCAAGAAGGAAUCCGGCAGACUGCAACGCAUCAAGAGUAAUAAUCACAAGGAGAUGCUGGCCAAUUGCAAGCGGGUGGCUGGAAUGUGCGCUAAAGUGGUGCGCCAGCGUGCUAUCAACUCCCAAAGGAUCAUGAAGGAAACGGUGUGGCGGGCCAAGCGACUCACCAGGGAGAUGCUCGCCUAUUGGAAACGGUACGAGCGCGUGGAGCGGGAUCAGCGGCGUAAGCAAGAACGCGAGGCGGAGGAGCAGCGGAAACAGGACGUGGAGCUGAUCGAAGUGAAGCGUCAGCAGCGAAAGCUCAACUUCCUGAUAACCCAAACGGAGCUAUAUGCCCACUUUAUGUCAAAGAAACUGGGACAGGGCAGUGAAGAGGAUCAGUUGCGCAUUCUCAGCCAGCUGGAUGAGGAAACCAAUGCCAGGUUGGCGGUUCAAGAUGACUAUGAUCCAGGUGAGAUGAAGCUGUUGGCGCAGGAGAAUGCUGAAGCUGCCAUGCAAAGGGAUUUGGACAAAACCAGGGCAUUUGAUGUGUUUGUAAAGAAGGAGGAGAAAGAGGAGGAGGAACAGGAAGAGAAGGAGGAUGUAAAACCCGAACCACGCCCUGAAAUGAAGGACCUACCCCAACCCAAGAUGUUCAAGGGAACCCUAAAAGGCUACCAAAUCAAGGGCAUGACUUGGCUAGCAAACAUUUACGAUCAAGGAAUCAGCGGCAUUUUGGCAGACGAAAUGGGUUUGGGCAAGACUGUCCAAUCUAUAGCUUUUCUAUGCCAUGUCGCCGAGCACUAUGGAGUGUGGGGACCCUUCUUGAUAAUCUCACCCGCAUCCACGCUUCACAAUUGGCAGCAGGAAAUGUCCAGAUUUGUGCCCGAUUUUAAAGUAGUACCAUAUUGGGGUUCCCCUGGAGAGCGAAAGAUCCUACGCCAAUUUUGGGACCAGAAACACCUUCACACUCGCGAUGCCAGCUUUCAUGUGGUGAUCACGUCCUACCAGCUGGUGGUCAGCGACUACAAGUAUUUUAACCGCAUUAAGUGGCAGUACAUGGUGUUGGACGAGGCGCAGGCUAUCAAGAGCGCGGCUUCGCAACGCUGGAAAUUGCUACUGGGUUUUAGCUGUCGGAAUCGAUUGCUUCUCAGUGGCACACCCAUCCAGAACAGCAUGGCAGAGCUAUGGGCCUUGCUGCAUUUUAUUAUGCCGACAUUGUUUGAUUCCCAUGACGAGUUUAACGAGUGGUUUUCCAAGGAUAUUGAAUCCCAUGCUGAAAAUAAGACGGGCAUUGAUGAAAAACAAAUCUCCAGACUACACAUGAUCCUUAAACCGUUUAUGUUGCGCCGGAUAAAGAAGGAUGUUGAGAACGAGUUGUCGGAUAAGAUCGAAAUCAUGGUUUACUGUCCUCUUACCAUUCGCCAGAAGUUGCUUUACAGGGCGCUUAAGCAAAAAAUUCGAAUUGAAGAUCUCUUGCACCUGGCCAGUGGAUCCACUACUACUUCGUCGUCCUCUUCGGCUUCAAAUCUAAUGAACCUGGUCAUGCAGUUCCGCAAGGUGUGCAAUCAUCCUGAGCUCUUUGAACGGAGGGACGCUAAGAGUCCGUUCUUCAUGCGUUGUGCGGAGUAUACGAUUCCCAGAUUGGUUCACGAAGAUGGACUUAUCAACAGACUGCUGCCCAGUCGAAAGCAUUUGCUCUAUAACCGGUUUAAUAUUUUCAAAUCGGAGUAUAUGCAAAAAUCACUAUUUGAGGAUGUGAGCGUAAAUAGUUGCUUUGGAUUUACCCGCUUGUGCGAUUUAUCAGUGGGAGAUAUGGUGGAUGUGACACUCAAUGGACUGAUUGCUUUUCUUUUGCAUUAUCGUAGAGUAUUGGAGAAAUACCCACUGCUAGGCUACCGCUGCUUCUGGUGGAAAAAACAUCUUGCUAGUAGCUAUCAACUAUUGGAGCCUAUGCUAGAAAACAAAUUGGUGCUGGACUACAUGCCUUCGGACAGUGUACUUAAGAACUUCAUUUUUACGGCUAUGACUACGAAUGAGAGCAGCGUUUACGCAUUUGGCGACUACUUUACAUACAACAUGCAGGAGACCAUCGAACAUCGUGUUAUUCGCUCCAAGAUACUCAAGGAAAAGACCUCCCUGAUCGAGGAGAUGGCAGAUGAGUCUAAGCAGGGGCUGGAGAUGGAGUCUGUGGAAGUGCAAACCAAAUCAAAUGCCAAGAACGAUGUAAAGGUGACCACACUUAUGCUGCUACCCGAGUUUCCGCAUCGACCUCGAAAACCCAGAAGCUACCAAUGCGAACCGCUCUCUAUGCCACGCCUUCUUUAUGAUUUAGGCCAGAAAGUUCAGGCUGUGGAUAGAAAUUUAUACUGUGACAGUCGCACUGCCGCCUGGACGCAGAUUCGUCACGAGCAGUGCGAGAACAGCCAGGGCAGGGAGCUCGUUUCGAGCGGAUUGACCCUUUGCAAACCUCGAAGAGGAUGGUCCUCGAUCGUGGUGCCUGACAAGGAGACGCUAAUCACCGACGCAGGCAAACUAUUUGUUCUAGACACCCUGCUUACUCGACUUAAGGCGAAUGGCCAUCGAGUGCUCAUCUACUCGCAGAUGACAAAAAUGAUUGACCUUCUGGAGGAGUACAUGUGGCACCGCAAGCAUCGUUAUAUGAGAUUGGAUGGAUCAAGCAAGAUCUCCGCUCGUCGCGACAUGGUUGCCGACUUCCAAACCCGAGCCGAUAUUUUUGUAUUUCUGCUGUCUACAAGAGCUGGAGGUUUGGGUAUUAAUUUAACAGCCGCUGAUACGGUCAUCUUUUACGAUUCGGACUGGAAUCCCACUGUCGAUCAACAGGCCAUGGAUCGGGCCCAUCGUUUGGGCCAAACCAAACAGGUGACUGUCUACCGACUCAUCUGCAAAGGAACCAUCGAGGAGAGGAUUCUGCAAAGGGCCCGAGAAAAAAGCGAGAUACAACGCAUGGUCAUAAGUGGCGGCAAUUUCAAACCCGACACACUCAAGCCCAAGGAAGUGGUCUCAUUGCUACUGGAUGACGAGGAAAUUGAAAUGAAAUAUCGCCAGGAGGCCAAACUCCAGUCUUCUUCGCCGAUUCCAACAGCUACGCAAGGUGAACGCAAAAGACGUCAUCCCAAUAAGGAUGUAAAUAUGGGUGGUACCACCAUCGCGGCCACUUUGGUUGCCCAAAACCCAGACGACGAUGUGCCCAGUUGCAGUUCUGCGGCCAAACGCCUAAAAUUGGAGCCAGAAGAGGAUUUUAUCGACGUGGGCAUUACGUCAUCGGCAUCGAGUGUUGGCACGGAUAGCAAUCAUCCGACUCUCAGUCAGGAGACCUAUGUCCCAGGAGCAACCUGCGUCCAGCAGAUGGACAAUGAUUCCGACAAUGAGGCUCUGGUGGUGGAUGGAGACAGCCCUACUCUGAUGGGACCAAACGAGUCUAUGAACUUCCUCGGCGACCUGAGCAGUAUUUCGCCGAUGCGGCGACGUCACCACCCGCGCGGUACAAAGCGUGGACGUCCGAGGGGCAGCACGCGUCGCGGCGGCGGACAUGGUUCGAUCCAGCGCGUGCAAACGCCGACGCCAGCGGUACCGACAACGCCGACGCUGGCAGCGGCGGGAACAGGAGCGGGCACGGGAGCGUCUCCACCCCUGCCGCAGCAGGAAGUAAGCGGCGGUGGCGACAACGCCGGCGUCUCGCUAAAUGAAGAAGACUACGGAUCCAGCCCCGUUACAUCUGGACAAUCGCCAGGAAUGUCCGGCAAGCGCGGACCAGGACGACCACGUUCCAAGACCGCCACACCGAUCAGUCGCGGAACCCGUGGAGCACCACGUGCCCGUCGACCCAUGGGUCCACUGCUGGUGCCCUUGGGACGCAGUCCGGAUGCCACGCCCCCCAGCAGCAGUCCGGCCACAAGUCGAGCACCCAGUCCUUCAACUCAUGCCGGCGCAGGAUUGGAGUAGUUCCGUACAAAAAUAUAAUUCUAUUUGAAAGACGAAAUAUAUAAAA